AUCUCACCAGUCAUCUCGUCGAUCUCGACCUAGCCAGGCUUCCCUUGCCCUAGGAUUGCGCCGCCGCCGAUCCAACCGGCUUCUCCCCACCCGACGGCCGCGAUGUACAACGGCAACAGACUGCAGACCACACGGGGGUCGGGCACCAACGGGUACGUGCAGACCAACACGUUCUUCGUCAAGCCCCGCUUCGCAUCCGGUGGGGGUCCUGGCGGGCCCCACAGGCCGCUGCCCCCCGACGCCGCCGGUGCAGAUGGCGGCGGGAUGCGCAAGCCCAACAAGGAGAUCCUCGAGCACGAUCGCAAGCGCCAAGUCAAGCUCAAGCUGCUCGUGCUCAGGGACGUGCUCGAGGAGCACGGAUACACCGAAGACGAGAUCGAGGAGCGCGUCGCGGAGGCGCGUAAGGCCACGGAGGCAGAGGCGGCCGCGACAGCAAAGGAGGCAGGGAGCCUGAACAGUACAGGGAUAUUGUUCAUCUAUUUAUAAGCACAGGGCGCAGCCUGUGUAAAAUUACAUUCAUGUCCUUUAUGUUUACUAUUGACUUAAUGACAAUCCAACGAGGAC